AUGUUUCCUACUGAUGGAAACAGUACCAGCCUGAAUCCAGAAGCACCUGAGUUCUUUCCUCAUAGUUACCUUCAAAACGACAUGGUUGCACAUUCGCAUAAUGUUGUUAACUAUAGUGACCAAGAUCUCCCAAAUUUCUCGUUUCUUCCUGCAAUAAAUCAAAACCCAUCAUCUUAUUACUACUACCACUGCUACUCUACAUCAGGGCCAUCUUCUCAUCCUUAUCCUUACUAUACUGACACCGAUUAUCAAUAUCCUAGCAAUGCACAGUACUGCGUUACGUAUGCUCACAACCAUAACCUCUUGGUCUCUACAGUACUGACCAAGCCAAGCCCUAUCAUGGCAGUCUCUGAGGAAAUGCAAGCCCAAGAUGAGCCCAAAAAGGACAUGCAACAGUUGGUGACUGCAAGGGUUAGCACAGGAAGUAAAAAGAGAGGAGAGUGUAGCAGAUAUGUUGGUUCUUUUAAUGGGAGAGAAGGGAGGUAUAGAGGGCACGAAAAAAAACAUGCCAAGAAGGAAUAUUUGAGAGCCAAGUCUAGUGGAAGUAGUAGAAAUCGCGAGAGUCAAUAUUCUUCCACCGGAAGGAACGUGAGAUCUUGUGGUGGUGCCAAUUCUAGGCAGAAGCAUUCUGUGUUCCCUGUGCUGCCCGAUGGCCAAGAUACCACAGUUAUGAUCAGGAACAUUCCCAACAGAUACACGAGAGAGGCCAACAAAGGCUAUGCUUUUGUUAACUUCACAGAUGCAAGAGCUGCGUGGAAGUUUUACCUUUCCGCCAACCAUCAAGCAUGGGAUGUAUUCCAGUCCAGCAAGAUACGUGAGAUAGCCUGUGCUAGGCUCCAGGGAAAGGAGCAGCUAGUGAGGCAUUUUGAGAAGUCAACUUUUGAAUGCGACUCUGACGAGUAUUUACCAGUAAGUUUCAGCCCAGCCAGAGAUGGUUCAAGGGCAGUGGUGGAGCAAAGGGCAGUGGGUAGACGUAUUAGUAACAAAAUCUAGCUAUGCGGCCUAGCUAUUAGAUAUGGUGACCAGGACGUGACAAGAACAAGAUUGUGUGCUUUUGUCAUUGUCAUUUUGUGCCCAUCAAUAUCAGGCCUAUGUAGCUACUUUGGCUACUGU